UUGGGGAUUUGGCAACGCUGCUUCCGACCCGAUCAAUUGAGACUUGAGAUUGAUCUCGGCAAGAAGAUGCGCCGCCAAAGCUUAAAGCGAUUGAGUUCUACCCCCGGAUCUAAGACCAAGAAACUCCGGAAGUUACUCAAGUUGCCUUUCCACCACAAGAGGCUAGAUAUCUCGCGGAUUCGUUCGGCCACGCCUCAGCUGACCUCGAUCAAGGCCACCCAGUCCGUCAAGAAAGCCACGCCUGGAACGAACCAAAAGAAGAAGAAGAAGAAAAAACAGAGGUCCGGCCUCAACACGCCCAAAACAUGCAAAUUGUCUACCCAGUCACGCCCUGGCCCGAAUGCCGUCUCACCGCUAGUGGUGCUCUCUCGACAUCCAUCGCGGGGCUUUUUGGACUCGCCCAUUACGAUCGAUGAUAGCCUCCAUGAUGAGAGGAUCCUUAUUGACCUGUCUGAUCUCCCGGAUCAUGAUCCCAUUCCGCCUGUCGUUAAGACUUCGAAAAAGCGUCCAGCCGAAUCCGCGUUGACGCCCAAGUCCCAAAGGCACGAACCUGCUGCACCUCCACCCGCCAAGAAAUUGGCCUUUGACAAAUCCAUGGAGGAAGGGGAGCUGCCCCUGAGCCCCAUAACCAAUGGAAACCGUGGAAACCGAGGCCCGGGUGGGCCGCCCAAGCCCUCGGACAUUGAAAUAAUCACCGAGGUUAAAGCUCAACCCAAGAGGCCACCCGAAAAUUGGCGGUCGAAGAGCUCUCGACGGUAUUUCAACCCUAGAUUCCCAGACCGCAUGAAGGUUUGGCAUCGACGUGCCCCCCGUGGGCCAUCAGCUACCACCAGUCGCGAUCGACGUCAGCCGCAUCAGGCCAAUCGACCCCCACCGCCUUUGCCCGCUCAUCCCCCUCGGUUGGUCCUGAACCCGGCCAACUUCAAUUUCACGGAAGCGCUGAACAUUGUGCCUGGGCAAGUCUUCGAGUUCAAGGGCAGCUCCCGUCCGUUGGUACCACGUAUGGGUGCCCGUCAAAUCAGCUCUUCGGCCAGUUGUUCCAGUAUGGGCAUGGGUAAUGUCUUUGUGUCACCCAUUGAGAAUGAUUUUGUGGCACCCAAAACCGGUUUACGCCCCAUUGUGAUUGACGGUUCCAACGUGGCCGUGGCGCAUGGCCAAUUCUUGCGCCCAUCCCGUAAUCAGACCUUAUUUUCGAGCCGUGGAAUACAGAUAUGCGUUGAUUAUUUUAAACGUCGAGGCCACCAUGACAUCACCGCCAUCAUUCCUCAUUUUCGCUUGAAAUCUGGAAUGUCGGAGGAUCGCCACCUCUUGGAAGCCCUGGAGCGCCAAGGCCACCUCAUGACCACGCCGUCGAGGGAUUUGAGUCACGGGGAGCACAUUGCCUCCUACGACGACAGAUUUAUUGUUCAACGGGCCGCUUUAACUGGAGGUGUGAUCGUGUCUAAUGACAAUUACCGUGAUCUCAUGGGAGAAGAUCGAAGCAUGCGCGACACGAUAGAUCAACGCCUGCUCAUGUUUCGAUUCCUCGAUCAGACCACACUAAUGUUCCCUACGGAUCCCUUGGGAAGCAAAGGGCCCAAUUUGGACAAGUUUUUGAAUUUCUGAGCAGCCUCAUCAUCGAGCUUGAAACACUGUGAUAAUUUGACACCUGCCGCUGAAAAAUAUGACGGGAGCCAUUGACUUACUCAUUUAUUAUGGUUCAAGUUCAAUAUUUUGAGUUUUAAGACGAUGCCCUCUUGUCCCUCAAACCGAUUCAAGUGAAACUAGCAUUUGAAUAUUGCCCCGAAAAGACGCUGUGAAAAUUGUCCAUUUAUAACGUGCCAAAAUUUAUACUGCCACUGGAAGAAAUGUGAUAAGUGGAAUAUAUUUCGUUGUUACUCGCUUUCAUAA